AUGCCCUCCACUCAUCCUCACUUUCACUCUCAAAUCGCUGCUGCCCUGCGCGCCCACGCACAGGACUUCGGGCAGUGCGACAGCAAGCGCUGCACGGGGCGCAAGCUGCUGCGCCUGAGGCUCAUUCGGGAGAUGCGUGUGCAGCAGCGCUUUGGGGGCAUCUGCCUCAGUCCAACAGGCCAGAGGGCGGUGUCGAGGGCAGACGCGCCGCUGCUGGCAGCCAAGGGGCUGGCCGUGGUGGACUGCUCGUGGGCUCGCCUUGGAGAUGUGCCCUUCGCUGCCCUCAAGUCGGGUGCUCCCAGGCUGUUGCCGUGGCUGGUGGCGGCCAAUCCAGUCAACUACGGCAAGCCCUGCCAGCUGUCAUGCGUUGAGGCCAUGGCUGCUGCUCUCUACAUCUGUGGCGACAAGCAAACAGCCUCGGAGCUGCUCAGUCGCUUCAAGUGGGGCCACGCCUUCCUCUCCCUCAACAGUGAGCUGCUGGAGGCGUAUGCGGCGUGUGCGGAUGGAGCGGAGGUGAUAGCGGCGCAGCACAGGUGGAUGGAGAGGGAGGCGGAGCUUGCACAGGCCAGACAUGCCGGCACAGAUGUGCCUUCCCCAGGCAGCAGCGGAAGCGACUCAGAAGGUUCUGAUUCCGAUGAAGAUGCUGCACCUCUGUUCCGCAACCCAAAUCAUGGUGCUGGGUGGGGGAGAGGGGGGAGAGGAGAGGAGGAUGAGGAAGAUGAGGAGGAAGAUGAGGAGGAGGAUGAGGAGGAUGAGGAGGAGGGUGAGGAGGAUGAGGAUGAGGGUGAGGAGGAGGAGGAUGAGGAUGAGGGUGAGGAGGAGGAAGGUGAGGAGGAUAGAGAUUGGAGGAAGGAGGGGAAGGAUAAGGGUGGUAAGGUUGAAGGGAAAGGUGAGGGACCGGGGGAGAGCACCAGACGGGGGCAGUGGGAGAGGGGGAGGGUCAGAGGAGGCAGGCGAAGAUGA